AUGUGUACUCAAAAGGUCCGGCCAAAACUCUUGAUUAUCCCGGCGGCGGGGAAGGAUUCUCUCUUCUUCUCACACCGGCUCUGCCAGACACAGGCGCCUUUUGCAAAAACGGAGCAGAUCAGCCACUCGCCAAGGCCUCAGAGGAACCCUGCUGAUUCCAGAACCCUGAAAACCGUCGCGAUCCGGAGCUGUUCUGGGUCGCCCCUGACACCACCGUACUCUCCGCCUCACGGCGCGCUCCUGCGUGCGCGCGCCCAGCCACCUUUCCACGCGCCCGGCGGCCGCGGAGCUCCGGCGCGAGGACGCGCCCAUGCCCCCUCCCCCUUCAGCCGGGCCCCGGCUCCGCCGGCCUUCCCACCCUACCCCACCCAGCCCCGAGGGCUGCCCACUCGGGCCGCCCACAGCCCGGGGCGCCGCGCCGGCCCCGGCCCGUCUCCCUCCCCUUUCCCGAGCUGUCCACACCCACGCGUACAGAGGGCCGGGGCCUCCCUCGAGCUGCGGCCUCGGCCUCCUCCCCGCGCGGCAGCUGGUGCCUCCCCGGCCCUACGGGGCUCACGCGCACGGCACAGCCACAAGAUGUCCGCUCUGACGGAACUACUGCCAGCUGCCACGCUCCGCCCCUCCCCCUCUCCCCCCGCCUAUUCACCGCCGCGUAUCCGUCCGCCAACGCCGCCGUCGCGAGCGCAGGGCGAGCUGAGGGUUGAAGGGGAGCGGUUUGCCUCCCUCGUCCAGGCCGAGUGGACGCGCCACCCUCUUGCCGUCUCCCUGUCCGAACAGCACCUUCUUACUAAACCGAUCGGAGGUCGGACCGGGAGGGCGGGGGACGGAGGCGGGUCAUGGGCUGAGGGGGAGGGUAGACGAGUGGCGGAAACCCUUAGACUCAGAGAAGCAUCGAGAACCGGAAGGAGACCUUAGGAGGAAGAAGCCAGGGUGCACUGAUUAGUAGGGAACAUUGGAACCUAACAACCAGACACUCUCAACAUACAGGGAGAACAAUGAAGAAAACUUCAAAGAAACCAAUUGCUGUUGCCCUAAUCUAACAAAGAAGUACAUUGAAACUUUACUGCUCUGCAAUAAAAAGCACAGCAAACUGGGAUGAA